AAGUCCCAAGCUUUCGACUUUCUAGGCGCUUCUUUAUUGUUCCUUCCAAAAAAUCCAAACCUUCUACAGAGUCCCAGCAAGUGACCGAACUAAGCAAACCCAGAGCAUUCCAGAAGUGCCCACAUGUUUAUCUCUCUCUUAUUACAAAACCCAAAACACUCUUUGCAUUAUCACACAAACACAAAAAGUUCAAGUCUUUGCAAAUAGCAAACCCAAAAGAAAAAAAAAAUGGCGACUUUAACACCAACUCAUAUCCACUUCUAUCCUUCGUGUUCCCAUAAGCCAAGCAAAAACACUCGGUGUACCAUCACCAGCUCAAGAAACUUGUUCUUCGGUCAGCAACCAAAAACGAAAUGGAGUAGUUGUAGUAGUGGAAGGAGGAGGAGAAAUGGGAACAACAAUGUGGUGGUGUGUGAGAAAGUGGUUGGUAUUGACUUGGGGACAACUAACAGUGCAGUUGCAGCCAUGGAAGGUGGGAAGCCAACGAUUGUGACUAAUGCUGAGGGGCAGAGAACGACACCAUCUGUGGUGGCGUACACUAAGAAUGGUGAUAAGCUUGUUGGGCAAAUUGCUAAGAGACAAGCUGUGGUGAAUCCUGCGAACACUUUCUUUUCUGUCAAAAGGUUUAUUGGGAGGAAGAUGUCUGAAGUGGAUGAGGAGGCCAAGCAGGUGUCAUACAAGGUCGUGCGGGACGAAAAUGGCAAUGUGAAGCUUGAAUGUCCGGCCAUAGGCAAGCAAUUUGCAGCUGAGGAGAUUUCUGCACAGGUAUUGAGGAAGCUUGUGGAGGAUGCAUCCAAGUUUCUGAAUGAUGGGGUGAGUAAAGCAGUGAUCACGGUGCCGGCAUACUUCAAUGAUUCGCAGAGGACAGCUACGAAAGAUGCAGGUCGCAUUGCAGGGUUAGACGUCCUGCGAAUAAUCAAUGAACCUACUGCUGCUUCGCUUGCUUAUGGGUUUGAGAAGAAAAACAAUGAGACCAUCCUGGUUUUUGACCUUGGAGGUGGUACUUUUGACGUUUCAGUUCUUGAGGUUGGAGAUGGAGUAUUUGAGGUACUUUCCACAUCAGGGGACACUCAUCUAGGAGGAGAUGAUUUUGACAAGAGAAUAGUUGAUUGGCUUGCCCAAAACUUUAAAAGAGAUGAAGGAAUAGACCUUCUGAAAGACAAGCAAGCUCUACAGCGUCUCACAGAGACUGCGGAGAAAGCAAAGAUGGAGCUGUCAUCUCUGACUCAGACCAGUAUAAGUUUACCUUUCAUUACCGCCACUGCAGAUGGCCCAAAACACAUUGACACCACCCUGACAAGGGUCAAAUUUGAAGAAUUAUGUUCAGAUUUGCUAGACAGGCUACGAGGGCCAGUUCAAACUGCCUUGAAAGAUGCAAAUCUUUCCUUCAAAGAUUUAGAUGAAGUAAUCCUUGUUGGUGGUUCUACUCGCAUCCCAGCUGUUCAGGAGCUUGUGAGGAAGAUGACUGGAAAAGAGCCCAAUGUGACUGUAAAUCCUGAUGAAGUUGUUGCUCUUGGGGCUGCAGUUCAGGCUGGUGUUUUAGCUGGAGAAGUUAGUGACAUUGUGCUUCUGGAUGUCACUCCAUUGUCUCUAGGACUCGAAACUUUGGGUGGUGUAAUGACAAAGAUUAUUCCAAAGAACACAACUUUGCCGACUUCCAAAUCAGAGGUGUUCUCUACUGCGGCAGAUGGGCAGACCAGUGUAGAGAUUAAUGUCUGUCAGGGUGAGAGAGAGUUCGUGAGGGAUAACAAAUCCCUUGGAAGCUUUCGCUUAGAUGGAAUCCCACCUGCCCCACGAGGAGUUCCUCAAAUUGAGGUGAAAUUUGAUAUUGACGCUAAUGGCAUCCUUUCUGUCACUGCUAUUGACAAGGGAACCGGAAAGAAGCAGGAUAUAACCAUAACUGGUGCUAGCACCUUGCCAAGUGAUGAGGUGGAUAAGAUGGUUAAGGAAGCUGAGAAGUUUGCAAAGGAAGACAAGGAAAAGAGGGAUGCCAUAGACACAAAGAACCAAGCAGACUCGGUAUUGUACCAAACUGAGAAGCAACUUAAAGAGCUGGGAGACAAAGUUCCUGGCCCAGUGAAGGAGAAAGUAGAGGCUAAAGUGAACGAGCUCAAGGAUGCAAUCUCUGGUGGAUCAACCCAAGCCAUUAAAGAUGCAAUGGCAGCACUAAAUCAAGAAGUUAUGCAACUAGGACAGUCAAUCUAUAGCCAGCCUGGCCAACCAGAUGCUGAUCCUGCUUCUGCUACUGCACCAGGGUCAUCAAGAUCAACUGGGAAAACAGCUGAUGGUGAUGAUGUGAUCGAAGCAGAUUUUACUGACAGCAAGUAGAUCACAUAACUUGGUGGUGGGCAACAUUUCAACCAUGCAUACUUGGUUUAUUUUCUAUGUUAGUUUGUACAGGCUUUGUUGGCUGUGAUUUUGUUAGCUAUGAUGUGCAUCAUGACUCCAGCCUGCCCAGUACUUCAUAGUGAUCAAUGUGAUUUAGACAAUGGGUAGUUAGUCAAGGCAUAAAACUUGGCAGGUGGUUUAGUCUCUUCCAUGGCUUGUUAAUAUCAAGAGGAUUCCUUUUUUUCGAAUAUCUCAAUGUUUGUGUUUGUAAAAAU